AAAAAAAGAACGAAAUCGAAGAAAUACGCAUUUGGUGUACAUAUGUUUGUAUGUAUGCGUGCAUUUGCCUGCCUGCUCAGUCAUCAUGCGUACAUAUGUACAUCCAUACAUACAUACAUACAUAUAUACAUGCAUGCAGUACAGUAUAUAAGUGUAUUCGCUACGCCACGCCCCACACCUUCACCUAGCUGCGGGUGAGAGCGAGACGGACAGAUGCGCAGAAAGGGGGCAAAGAGCCAGCCCCCCUUACCCUCACCCUCACCCCAACAAAAAUAACAAACAAUUUUCGGCCUUCGAAGACAUAUCUAUUGUAUUGUUUGUUUUGAAAAACACAGCGCCAAUGCUCCCAUGUUGCAAUAGCAACAAAAGCGAUCAACAACAAGGAAGCCCAUAUAUUGUUAUUGUUAUUAUCUACAUACAUACAUGUGUAUGUAUAUAUGCAUGUUUGUACGGGCCUGAAAAGUGCGCAGCUGUUUAAACUCACAAACAUACACUUACACACAUACAUACAUCAUCAUCAUCAUCGCAAUCACGCCUCGCAAACUCGAUUAGAGAAAAUGUUCAAACAAUGAGCUGACUUUCGCCUCAUUAAAAACAGUUAUUUCGUGGAUCGGCAAUCAUAUAAAUGCGAAAAGUUUGCUGCUUACAAGCAAGUCUUACAAGGACAAUUCGAUUGAGAUUCACUUUUCUGGUUAACACUGUGAUUGGUAAUUUGAGAUCGCUACUUUGGUGGCCACAAUGUCGUCCAUUGCUGUGAUUGACUUGGCGGAGGAUCUCGAGGACGGUGAGAUAGACGAUGAUGAUGACGAGGAUGAGCCGAUGCCGAUACCGAUACAGAUGCAGAUGCAGAUGCAGCAGCAGCAGCAACAGAAACAGCAACAGCCACCGCCGAAGAGGCCACUUACAGCCGACGAGGACGUCCAGUUCAUGGGCGUCGAGAUGAAGAACAAAAUGCCCGACGAGGACGUCGUCUACAUGGGAUUGGCCAGCGAUUCCCUGGGCAAUGGAAACAGUGCGACGGCCAAGGCCAAGAAGCCGAGGCCCUUGGAAGAUGAUCACGCAGUGAGCAUUGAAAACGCCAUUGCCAAUGCCCUAAAGAAAAAGGGCAUAGAGCCGCCCAUGCCGCGUAUGCGAUCCCUCAAUCAGGACCUGCUCGGCGGCGACGCCUCCUCGGAGGGACCCGGCGGCGAUCUGGCACCCGGUGGCGCCUCCCAGCACGGCCAGCAGCCGAGUCGCAGCAGCCGGCGCCGGAAGCGCAAAAAAGAACGCGAACGUGAACAGAAGAAGGACAAGGAGCACCAAAAACGCAUCCGUCGCGAGGAGGACGAAGCCGUCGGUCUGGGGGGCGGUGGCGCCAGCGACGACAUGGACGAGUACGAGAUGCUGAACGUUAGAGGCGGCAGCCCGCCGCCCGGAGGUCCGCCCACUUCCUCCUCGGGGCUUGGCCAGCGCUUCUCCGGCCCGCCCGACUGGCCGGACCUGGGCGAUGGUCCGGCGGGACAGCUGGGAGGCUACGACUCGCCGCCAGAUCCCUAUAGCAGCUACGAUUCCUACUCGGACGAGGAUGGAAACGGCGGAGGCGGUGGCGGAGGCGGAGGCGGGGGCGGAGGGAUGAACCAGAGGCGUCGGAUGCGCCGCGAUCGAGAGAAGGAUCAGAGAGGAGGGAACCGCAAGCGAAGAGAUCGCGAUGGCCGAGAUGGUGGUGGCGGAGGAGGGCCAGGAGGAGGCCCUGGAGGCGGCGGCGGGGGCGGGACGAAGCGCAAUCGGCGAGACUCUGGCGACGGGCUGGAGAAGAUGGGCGGACGGGUGGAGCCGCGCAAGCUGGAGCUGUGCAAGUUCUACCUGAUGGACUGCUGCGCCAAGCGGGACAAGUGCUCCUACAUGCACAAGGAGUUCCCCUGUAAAUACUACUACCUGGGCAUGGACUGCUACGCCGGCGACGACUGCCUCUUCCACCACGGCGAGCCGCUCUCCGAGCAGCUCCGCAACAUCCUGCUCAAGCACAUGGAGACGGCGCCCAAGGAGAUACUCGGCGACUUCAAGCGCAUCUCCCGCGACGUGGCCCUCGGCCAGAUGACCCGGCGCCACGAGGAGCUGUGCGAGCAGUACAAGCGGGAUAACACCUGGAGCACGCUGGCCAGUGCGGGCGUGGGCCGGCGCAACCAGCAGGAUCAGCAACACCAGCCCCUUCAGAUGCAGCAACACCAGCAGCAGCAGCAGCAGCAGAUGCAGCAGCAGCAACAAAUGCAGCAGCAGCAGCAACAACAGCAACAGCUGCAACAACAACAGCAGCAACUGCAGCAGCAGGUGGAUGCCGGAGGCAACAUACCCUCACUCCUGGACAUGGUCAUUAAUCCGCCGCCGCAGGAGAAGAAGCGCAAGUCCCGCUGGGCCGACAAGGCGGCGGGCACCAAGCCGGGCGCCGUCCCAGAACCAGGAAGCACGUCGCCGGCCUCCAAGGGCCUGCCGCCCCACCUGGACCUGAGCAACUUCAGCCACGUCCUCAGCGCCGACCAGAUGACCAAGCUGAGCAAGCUGGGCAUCACCAACCUGGAGCAGAUGAUGCAGAUUCCGUUAUGCCAGCUGACCGACGCCGGCCUGACGCUGAUCGAGAUCGGGGAGAUCCAGCGCAAGGCCGAGGACGCCAAGUCCGAGGCCAACCAGGCGGGAAUGAGCAGCAGCAGCAGCAGCAGCGUUCCGCCGCCCAAGCCGGAGGCGGAGGUCAACAGCAACUCCAACAGCAACGGCUUCAUCAUGGUGGACUACACCCAGUAUCUGAAGGACGCCCACGUUAACUUGAAUGAUCCGCUGGACGAUGAUCGCGACGACGAGGAGCAGCUGGUGAUCGAUGACGGCAACGAGUCCAAUGCCGAGGAGGAGAAGCAGGAGGAGCAGCUGGCGAAGCCGGAGACCAAGCCGGAAGAGGCUCCACAGGCAGCGGAUGAACCGGUCGUGGAUGAGGCACCGAUGCCCUCGGUCUUCGAUCUGCCCACCUUCAUGAGCAACAUGCUCGGCCAGAGCCUGGCCGCGAAGCCCCUGGUGGUGCCGGUGAGCGCCACCUCGCCAAACCUAGAGAUUCCGCCCCCCAUUAGCGACGAACAAGCCAAGACUUCGACCUCGGCCAAGACUACGGACGCCAGCUCGUCCUCGGCCUCAAGUGUGUUCAGCCGUUACCUGUUCGGCGAUAAGCAGUCGGAUCCGGAGGCCAGGGCCGCCUUCUACCGCGACAUCAUCCGCAAUCCGUUCAAAGCGCACAGCGGCGACGGCGAUGUCCUAUCUUCCAACGAGAACUCCAACUCCAACUCGCACUCCCUGACCCCGACACCCACUCCCGAGCCGGGGUCACAGUCGCCGAAGGAUCAGAAGGAUCAGGAUUCGCAUCCUGAGAACAAGGCAGCUCCGGCCACUCCAUCGUUAUAUGCGCGCACUUCCAUCUACGACUACGAUCCGGUGAAGAUCGAGAAGCAGGAGCGCCGCCGGCGCCUCCACAACGACGACGAGCACAAGCGGCAGCGCGACAUCGACAUGCGGCUGCCGUUCGAGCCGAUGAAGCACUACCGUCCGGCCACGGAGAUAGACGCGGCCAUCUUCUCGCACAUGCCGAUCCGCUGGCAACUGAACAUGGUGGACGUCGAUGAUCCGGACUACUCGCAGCUGCGGGCCUCGGCCCUGCACAAGGAGCAGCGGGAGCUGCGCGAUCCGCGCGUCCGCCGCAUCCUGGGACUACCCGAACUGGUGGAGAAGGACUCGGAUGGCUUUGGCAGCUUCGGCGAUUCGUACGGAAAAGUGGGAAUAGCCUCCCCGGACUCGGAUGGAGGAGCCCAGGAUGCCGGACCCAUGUCGCCGCCACCGUCCUUGGCUGGCUUGCCGUCCAUGAACGUGCCGCCGCCAUCGAUGAGCGUCCCACCGCCGAAUCUUCAGGCCGACAAACCGUCCGUACGCGCCGAUCCACGGCGCGAUCCCCGCCGGGCCCACCUGCAGCAGUCGGCGGCUGCCCUCAACUCGAAUCAGAGUCCGACCGGCGGCACUCCGGCCACAUUCUCCGGCGGCAGCAAGGAGAUCUCGGAGAUACGCCGCCUGAUGCAGAACUCCAACUGGUACAAGAACCUCGGCAGCAACAACAAGAUAAUGGUCAACCAGCAGCUCAACCUGGUGUUCGUGGAGCUGAGCAAGUUCCACCAGAUCCCCUCCGACAUGCCCAAGGUCUUCGACACCAGCUUCAUCGUCAACAAUCCGACUCUGCUGCAGAUCUUCGGCAAGCUCUUCAUCUACAUUGACGACAACGGGCAUGUGACCCAGCUGCCCGAGGAUAAUAGCGGCGGAUCCGGUGGCUCCAACACGGGCGCCGUCAUCCUGCCGAAUCUCUCGCAGCCGCCGCCCAACCUGGCCCAGAUGCUGCGCCAGCCGCCGCCGAACAUCUGCCUCGGGCCGGGCCGCAUCUCCGGGAUGAUGAUGGGCAACUUUCCGGCUUUCAAUCAGCCGCCGCCGUGCACCGGACGCAUGGGCAUGCCGCCCGGAGUCGGAGGAGGAGGUGGCAAUGGAGGAGGAGGAGGAUCGGGUAUGCCGAAUGGGGGGAAUCCCUUUAAUCCCUUUGCCGGUGGCAAUGGCGGAGGAGGGAAUGGAGGCGGUAACGGUGGUGGAAAUCUCAAUGCCAUGGGAAAUAUGAACAACAUGGGCAUGAACAUGCCCUUCAACAACAACAACAACAACAACAAUAUGCCUUUUAAGAACUUUAACAACAACAAUAACAAUAACAAUUCGGGAGGACGCGGACACUUCCAGGGAGGAAACGGAAACGGAGGAGGAGGCGGGAAUCGCAACCAGCGCGGUGGCGGAGGAGGCAAUCAAAGGAAUCGCAACAACAUCUAAGGCGGAUGAACUUGCUCCGGAUGAGAAAACGGAGUCAAAACCACAAAAAGACUUGCUAUGCCAAAAUGAUGACCCUCCCCCCCUUUAUACCCUUUCACCUUAGCCCACUACCACCACAUACAUACACCCACACACACACCAUGCCCCCUGCCCCCCCUGCCCGUUGUUAUGAUGCCCCUGUGCCCCAAAAAAAACCCGAAACAGCGAAACUUUGACUGCUUUGUACAUUGUAUUCCUUAAUCCUAUGACUACUAUUUUUUUUGCUAGGUGUAAGGACUCGUUUAGCUCUACUACGUACUGAUAAAAUGUAGUUGAAAUCAGAAAUAAAACCAGAGGAUCAGGACAUAAGGACACUGAUAAGAAACAGGGAGAAAACAAAAAGAAAGGAUACCAACUGGGUUUCAUACGGAAAGCCCAACUUUUUUUUAAGACCUUUUUUUUCGAUAAUCUAGUUACGUUUAUUUUUAAAUGUACUCUUGGAUAAGUUAGGCGUACUAACUAACAAAUAAAUAAUGACGUGUUCUAAGAAAUACCGAUUAGUGUGAGUAGGCAUUUUGAAAGUGCCGGAAACAAGGUUAAUUUUCAGUUUUACGUUUUUUUUUUUUUAGUUCCAUAAAUUAUAUUAUUGAAAUUAUUUAUAUCUAUAGUUUUGCUGUAAGUUAUUUUUCUCAAAUUCGAUUUAUUUAAUCUUUCUUUUAUUGUAAAAUAAAUUAAUGCGCUUCUCUCAGAAUUCGAAGCAAGAAAUAUAA